AUGAAUCUGACAUUCAAGAAUUUGCAACAGCAAAAAUUUGUAAUCUCUGAUGUUUCCUCAGAAACAAAGAUUUCAGAGUUGAAAGAACGCAUUCAAAAUCAGCAAAAUUAUGAAGUUGAAAGACAAAAAUUAAUUUAUUCUGGUCGCAUCUUGGCCGAUGAAAAAACCGUUGGUGAUUACAACAUAAAGGAGCAAGAUUUUGUUGUUUGCAUGGUUGCUCGCCCCAAGCCCUCAUCAUCUACCUCACAAAAGUCGACUCCUACUGCCACUACGACUAGUACCCCUGCUCCUCCGGUUACUACUAGUACUCCUCAACAAACUGCUGAAAGCCCUGCACCUGCACCUGCACCUGCAGCUCAAGCCCCUGCCCCUUCUUCUACCCCGGCCGUUGAUACAUCUGCUACACCUUUGGACUCCAAUCUUUUGGCUGUUGGUGCACAAAGAAAUGUUGCUGUCGAGAACAUGGUUGAAAUGGGAUAUGAACGUAGUCAAGUUGAGCGUGCCAUGCGUGCUGCAUUCAACAAUCCUGAUCGUGCUGUUGAAUACUUGUUGACUGGUAUUCCAGACAAUAUCUUAACCAGUCAAGCUCAAGAACAAGCUGCUGCUGCUGCUGAGCAACAACAACAACCUGCCGCAGAUGCUCCUACUGCUUCUCCUGGAUCUGGAAAUCUUUUUGAACAAGCUGCUGCUAUGUCCAAUGAGGAGGAACAACCUGCUCCUAACACAGCUGGUGAUCCUUUGGGCUUCCUUCGAAAUAUCCCACAAUUUCAGCAACUUCGUCAAAUUGUCCAACAAAACCCUCAAAUGCUCGAAACUAUUUUACAACAGAUUGGUCAAGGUGACCCCGCCCUUGCUCAGGCUAUCACUCAAAACCCCGAAGCUUUUCUUCAAUUGUUAGCUGAAGGCGGUGAUGGAGAAUCUCCUUUUCCUUCUGGUGGCAUUCAAAUUGAAGUCACUCCCGAAGAAUCGCAGGCCAUUGAUAGAUUAACUCAACUCGGUUUUGAUAGAAAUAUAGUGAUUCAAGCCUACCUCGCUUGCGAUAAGAAUGAGGAGUUGGCUGCCAAUUACCUUUUUGAGCAUGGUCACGAAUCUGACGGUGAUGCAUAA